UUGAAAAUGAUUUCUUCAUCCAAUUGUAUCAUAUGACUAACAUCUUUGUAGCUGAAGAUGUGGAUUAUAUCCAGCGUCAUGUGUUUCAGUUCACUAACUUAUCAGCUAUAAUCGAUGCUGCAAGGGAAAGCAACUUUCUAAUCGGUCAGUUCUUUUGGUUUACUACAAGAGUUCCUUAAAGCCAGUGUAGUUUUUUGUAACUGCCUAUUCUGUUAUGUAGAUGUUGUUGGCGUUCUACAACAAGUACAGCCUAUGACUUCCUACAGGAACAAAUAUAACCAGCUCAAAAACAGCAUUCAGUUUACCAUCAACGAUAUGAACAGUCCUGCGCAAGUAAUAUUCUAUGAUGAAAUGGCGCAAUCUUUUGAUCAGGAACUCCACAAUGCUGGCCAGCAUCCAGUAAUCCUUAUCAUCUCCAGUGUUAAAGCUCGCAUGAUCCAAGGUGAGGUGAAGUUGACAAACUAUCCUGCGACUAGGUUUUUCAUAAAUCUUCAUCAUGAAGCUGUGGAGGAUCUGAGAGAUGCAUUGAGAUUGGCAAAUUGGCGUCUCCAUUGAUGUUCGGAAAUGAAAGACACCUACAAGAGGAUUCUACUACCUCCAUCAUUCCAUCAUGCUAUUCCAAUUAUUCAAUCGUC